UCCGCCUUUACCAUAAUGUGGUAAUGCAAACUCAUCCUCGGCUCACAGUACUGCACAUUGUGUGGAGCUCAGCAGCACAGCCAUGGACCCAAAGCACAAGCAGGAGGAGCAGAGCGACUUGUACGCCGGCUUCAUCACCGCGUACAAAUCCUUCGCCACGGAGGCGAUCCACGUCGGUCAGGAGCCGGAGCAGUGGAAGUCAAUGGCUGUAGUGCCGCCGAUUUCUCUCUCGACCACGUUCAAGCAGCUCGGACCAGGAAAUCACGCCGGGUAUGAAUACAGCCGGAGUGGAAACCCUACAAGAAACUGUCUUGAGAAGGCCGUGGCUGCUUUAGAUGGAGCCAAGUAUUGUAUUGCUCUUGCCUCGGGGCUGGCAGCCACAGUUACCAUCACCCACAUGCUCAAAGCAGGCGAUGGGAUCGUCUGCAUGGAUGACGUCUACGGAGGUACAAACCGCUACUUCCAAAGAAUUGCUGCUGAAGUUGGUCUGGAGGUGUCGUUUGCUGACUGUACAAAACCAGAGCUGCUGAAGGCUGCAUUGAAGGCCAACACUAAACUGGUGUGGAUCGAGACACCCACCAACCCCAUGAUGAAGGUUGUAGACAUCAAGGCCUGUUCAGAGGUGGCCCACGAGUACAACAAAGACAUAGUGGUUGUCGUGGACAACACCUUCAUGUCGGCCUUCUUCCAGCGCCCCUUGGCUUUGGGAGCUGAUGUCUGCAUGUACUCAGCCACCAAAUACAUGAACGGUCACAGUGACGUGGUGAUGGGUUUGGCCUCCAUGAAUCGGGAGGAUCUGUAUGAGCGACUUAAGUUUCUGCAAAAUGCACUGGGCUGUGUACCCUCUCCCUUCGACUGCUACCUGUGCAACCGAGGACUGAAGACGCUACACCUGCGAAUGGAGCGGCACUUCAAGAAUGCCAUGGCUGCUGCUAAGUUCCUGGAGGCGGAUCCCAGGGUGGAGCGAGUCAUCUUCCCAGGCCUGCCCUCACACCCCCAGCAUGAAGUGAUGAAGAAACAAUGCACCGGAUGUCCGGGGAUGAUCACCUUCUAUAUUAAGGGGAAACUGGAGCACGCCAGCGCCUUCCUCAGUAACCUCAAAUUAUUUGCGGUAGCUGAAAGUCUUGGUGGCUAUGAAAGUUUAGCAGAACAUCCGGCGAUUAUGACCCAUGCAUCGGUGCCAGAAAAAGAGAGGGCUGUCCUGGGGAUUAGUGACACGCUGAUUCGACUCUCGGUGGGACUGGAGGAUGAGGUUGACAUCAUUGAAGACCUGGAGCAAGCACUGGCGGCUGCUCAUCCAAAGAAGUGAAAUGUCAUCAGGGCGUCCUCCAGGCUGAGAUCAGUCGUGUUGAAGAUGGGAGGUGAAAUCAUCGCAGAUCGACACUUGGAGCCUCAGUUUAGCACACAAACAGCAGAGAUUCAACUAUCAGGGAACAACUUGUUCUUUAAAAACAUAUACCAUGCUAUCUGUGAAUAAUUAACCCAAUUUUUACAUGAGAAUCUUUUUAAUGCAUAUUUUACUAGAACAUAAGUCGUAAUCUUAUUUAUCUUAUGCUGGUUUGCUUUGUUUUUAUGUUUGUAUUUGUUCUGUUUUAAUUGAGUUUUGUUUGCAGGGCUUUAGUGGGGUGUAGUCCUGUUCGAUCAAUGCUGAUACAGUGGAAGUUUCUGCAGGAAAAACACCAAACGCAGUAUUUUCUGUAUGCUGUAAAACUUGUGCACUUCAGGCUGCAUCCUGGUUGUGAUGCACAGAACAGUUUCCACAUGCUGCUGCCAUGAGUUCAACUGCAAUCUGUAUUAAUCAUUUCCUAAUUCUAGUUUCCUCUGCAAAAGAUGUGUAUUAAUGACCUCCCAUUAGUCAGACUAAACGCUCACACAGGCGAGGCUAAUGCCGCCAUCUACUGUCCAAACGUCAGAAAUAUUCUCUUCACUGACAACAUCUGCUCCAAGGUUUUAUGAGCUUUUUUGGAACCAUUUAAAUCAAUUUAAUGAAAACAUUUCUAAAGAACAAGAAAUCAAGAUAGAAACGUGUAUUCAGUUGCCGAAUAUUGGCAUGGUUGAUGAUGAGCUUCAUCAAGUGGUAAAAAAACAGGAGAAGAAUCCUCUUCUUCAUGUUAGAGACCAAUCAUCAGGACAUUUGCCAAUGAAUGAAGGAGUGUUUGGUAAGCACACGCCAUAUUCGGAGCAGAAUUUUCCAGCAAUGACGACGCUGAAGGUUUUUUAUAGCAACAACUGAAGGCUGUUACAGGAGCAUUUCUCAGUUUGAUGAAACACUUCAUGUGUUCUUGAACUCAAUUCAAAGCAUUUGGGUUGAUGACAAAAGCCAAAUUUCCCCCACAUCAGUACUUGAAUGGUUUUAUUUUUUUAACCUUGCAGAGGUGUGUUUCACUCUGGCACUUCCACCUUCUGCUUUUCCCCCUGUAGUCACAUCACCGCUCAACUAUACGCUUCAUUUGGGACAGACCACUUAUGAUCAAUGUCAUUUAUGUAACCGAUAAAAUCCAUUAAAAUCAGUUUGCAGUAUAA